GUGACGUCAGAGGGAGGAGCGCGGAGGGAGAUACGGAAAGUGAGAGGGGCCAGGCCCCACUGUCGCUCUGGAGGCGGAGAAGGAGCAAGAUGGUUUACAUCUCGAAUGGACAAGUGUUGGACAGCAGGAGUCAGUCCCCAUGGAGAUUGUCUUUUAUAACAGAUUUCUUCUGGGGAAUAGCCGAGUUCGUGGUUUUGUUUUUCAGAACUCUGUUUCAGCAAGAUGUGAAAAAGAGAAGAGGCUACGGAAGCUCAUCUGAUUCCAGAUAUGAUGAUGGAAGAGGGCCACCAGGAAACCCCCCCAGAAGAAUGGGUCGAAUUAAUCAUCUGCGUGGCCCUAAUCCUCCUCCAAUGGCCGGUGGAUGAGGAAGGUAAAUGUCUGCUCUAAGAAGCAGACAACUGGACAAGCACAUUCAUAGCAGAAGGAAACCAUCAAGAAAUGGAGCGUUGACCACACUGGACAAGUUAGAUGAAUGUGUACUCUAAACAAGGAUUGCUCUGUGUCCUCACAGAUGAAUGAGGUCGUGCUGGGAAUUCCCCCCGCAGGGAUCUGGCAUGACUGACAGGCAGUUCUAUAAAUGCAUGUGUUUGUCUCAUCUUUUUUGUAUCGUUUAUGAAAGUAUUAAUAUAGUUUUAAUAAGUAAAUAUUUUUAGGUUACAAGACUGACUUCUCAUCUUUAUAUAAUUAAAACACAGAAAGCUCCAAAUUUGAAGAAGAAUAAACAGCUGCGUAUUGAGUACUAUUAGUGUCACCUUUUUCAACUUCUGAAAUACUGUUCAUUGCUUUUUUUUUGUUCUUUAUAAAUAAAUCACAGUGUAUUUCAGUAGUAUGCAUAUGAUAUCUGUGCUUUUGAAUUAAUUUUUAUCUUAAAACCUAUUUGUCCCAUGGAUCUUUAAUACAAUGUGUCUUACUUGCUACCAGAUGUAAUUAUCAGGGUAUUUGUAAAGCCAUAACCAACAAACCUGAGCUACAAAAUGUAGAUUUGCUAGGUGGUCUUUAAAAUCAAGGACUUCAGUGCUAUCUUUACCAAUUUUAAUUCUAAACCAUUGCUUAAGAUAUACUGCCUGUUGGCUUUAACCCCAUCUGAAUGCUGGUAACUCUCAUUCUUUCACUAGAAUGAAAGGUCUGUGAGGUUAGGGAUUUUGUCUUCUUUACCCCAGUGCUUUGAACAGUGACUACGUGUAAUAGGCACUGAAAUAUUUAUGGAAAAAAUGAAUAAUACAGAUAAUUCUACUUUGUGUUUAACAGUCUUUGAAACCAAAGUGUUCAGUAAAAGCACUUUUAUAUCCA